GGAGAAACAGACAGCGACAGAAAGACACAAAGAAAGACAGAGGGAGAGAGACGGAGAGUGAGUCCACAAGAUCCCCAAAAACUUUUGACAGAAGUGUUUAAACUUGGCAGAGCACGGGCGAGAGACCAUAAUUAACUGGAGGGAGAGGGAGAGAGAGAGAGAGAGAGAGAGAGGAAGCUGAAGAGGAGAUGAUGGCGAUGACACACACUCCAGAGAGCCUCAAAUAUGCAGCAGCCCGCUUCUCCAUGACCGGCAGAAUGGUGGCAAUGUCUCCUGGAGAGGAUGGUCUGAUUGGAAUCCCAUUCCCUGAGCAUAGCAAUGAGCUGUUGUCCCGCCUCAACGCUCAGCGCCGUUCCGGCCUGCUCUGUGACCUCACGCUGACCUCCCGUGGUGCCCGCUACCCCACACACCGCGCUGUCAUGGCCGCCGUCAGCCUGUAUUUCCGGCGGCUGUUCGGGGCAGAGGAAGUGGGCGAGGCAGGUGAGGUAAGUGAGGGCUGCAGCGUUUGCCAACUGGACUGCGUAUCUCCAGAUGCUCUGGAUGCUCUGCUGGAGUUUGCUUAUACAGCGACAUUAACCAUUCGCUCAUCUGGCAUGCGUGAGGUCCUUGAAGGGGCACAGUUGCUCGGCAUACAGUGCGUGGCCGAUGCCUGCCGCCACAUCCUGGGCGAGGUGGGGGAGAGUGGUGAGCUCGGUGGGGAGUGUGGUGAACCAGGUGGAGGGGGUGAGUUGGGUGUGGCCAACAUGGAAAGAGCAAAUCACAUCGAGAGCAGCAAAAAGACACCAUCCCGCAGGAAACAAGACCGUCGCAACGUAGAGAAAGCAGCAUCACCUGUACGUCUGGCAUGGACCACACAAUCCAAGGUGGACAAGCCUAAAUAUGAAGCUCCAGCCAACCCUGCACACAAACUCCGCCCACCACAGAAUGGAGCCUCACAAAGCACUCAGCAAGUGGAGCUCAUGAAUGGAGGAGACCACUGGCCUCCACAGCCUUCUAAAGAGGAGGAGGACUUAAAACCUGACAGUCUCACACCCCCUCCAAACCACACCCCUGCUCAAGCUGAAACAGGAAUGGGCGGGUCAGUAGAAGGUGUAGCCAGAAAGAGGAAGUCGCAGGCGCCUCAACAGUGUCCCGUCUGCCAGAAGAUCAUCCAUGGAGCAGGAAAGCUUCCACGUCAUAUGCGGACACACACAGGCGAGAAACCAUUCCAGUGUAUGACCUGCGGCGUUCGCUUCACACGGAAUGAUAAACUGAAGAUCCACAUGCGGAAGCACACAGGUGAGCGGCCGUACUCCUGCCCCAGCUGCCCCGCUCGCUUCCUGCACUCCUAUGACCUGAAGAACCACCAGUCCCUGCACAGUGGGGCUCGGCCCUUUGAAUGCCCACUUUGCCACAAAGCCUUUGCCCGCGAGGACCAUCUGCAGCGUCAUCGCAAGGGCUUUGCCUGCCUCGAGCUUCGCCCACAUCUGGAGCUCCGCCCACGCCGUUCUCGGCACGCUGCCUCUCCACACUCUCCAGUGUCACCAGUGCCUUCAUCUCCAACAUCCUCAUCAUCCACUGCACCUCACUUCCUGUUCCGGCAGGAAGUAGACAAUCCGGGCGCUUCAUCACACGGGCCAGUGAUCCCUGGAAGCAUGGCACAUUCCAGAAUCCUUCAGUGGAGGCUGAUGCAAGAGAGAGGGGACACAGGAUGGAGGGAGGACGAGGAGGAGUCUUAGCCUGUGUGUGUGUGAGUGUGUGUGUGCGUGUGUGUGUGUGCGUGAGACUAUGCCGCUACUUAAAGACCAACUUAAUGUAAAAUAAAUAACCAGAAAUAUUAGCAAAAGGAAUCUGAAUCGGAGAAACGGGUUAUUUUUUUUUUUUCUUUUGUGUUGUUUUCAUAAAAUUCAGUCACUUUUGUGUGCAACACUGGAACGUCGGUGCUUUGAUCUCAUGCACAUUGUGUUUAAUCUUUAAUAACUCAAAUGUAUAAUAAGUGAUAGAUUUGUGUUAAUAUAUGCAGGGGAAUUAAAUGUAAAAUUAAAUAAUACUGUGAGUUUAGAGUUUGAAAGGUGUGUGUGUGUGUGUGUGUGUGUGUGUGUGUGUGUGUGUGUGUGUGUGUGUGUGUUUUACGGUGUUUCAACAGUACUUUUUUUAUUUUUAAGGACGCAAGUACCUUUCCAAGAUUCUGUUUAAACACUGUGAAUGGUGGUUUGUUUCUGAAACGCUGACACCUGCUGGCGGAGGACAAAACUGCGGUUCUUCACUUCAGAAUUGUAAACUCAUUACUGUUUAUAACACACCCUCGACUUCCCAAUCCCUUACAAUGAGAGGUGUCUAAACUUUUUCCAAUGAAAGGGCCUGAAAUCGUUUCUCUCAUUUAUGAUAUGAUUUCAAAAAAUAAAUAGAAAACAUAACACUGUCAUUUGCUUAACUAAUGCAGUUCUAUUUAUAAAGUUCAAGUACAGUAAACAUUGUACUACAGUGAGAAACAAUCAAAUGUAUAUUACUAUAGAGUUAUAUUUAAAGACAAUAUUUAAAACCAAGGACAUUAAAAAAGAAAUACACUUGAGAUUUUUAGUGACCUCUAAUGAGAGACAUAAAGCUGGUUCUUAUUUUUUCCAAACAAAUUUCCAAAUGUCAUUCCUCCCCCCCCCCAUUUCAACAUUUAAAGUUCAUUCACCUACUUUAGCUGACAAGUUAAUUCAUAAAUGAUUAUUCCUUCAUACUUGCAUGCCAGUAAGGCAGCUGAUGGCAUUCUAUAAAGAUUCAAUAUUUUUAAACCAUGAACACAUUCACUUUAGCUUCUAUGUGAUGUAGCAUUCAUGUUAACUAGUCAGUGUGCUAAUUAGCUUUGGUCAUCGAAAUGCUCCCCAAGAGGCAUAAUACAAGAACCAUACAGAUAUCCAUACAAAAACAUUAUAAAGUUAGAUUAUUUACAUAAAAUGGAAUGACUCCUAAAUAGCCAAAAUGACAAUAAAAAAAUUGAUGAGGUAAAGUAUUAAUAAUAAUAACUUGUAGCUUGUUUUUAUCAGCUGGCAUGCAAAUGAAUUGGUGAUACUUCAUUUAAGCAAGAUGAAAGUGGGAGUGGGGAAGUGUUAAAAGCAGGAUUGGAACUUGACCGAUUUCUGAAGUCAACAAUAAGUUUAGCGCUUAUAAUCGUGAAUCUCCUGAUACCUUGACCAGAUUAUUAUUAUUGUUAUUAUUUACAGGAAGUUCAUGUCACUUCCUCUGUAUAUAAAUAUAAACUGCUAUUUGAGUUAUUUUUGGUUUUGUUUAUUAGUCGAAUAUUUAAUAUUUGUUAAAUAUUUUCCUUUAAAACCUAUACGCACAUGCAAACACUGCUGUUUGUCUCUCUGUUGAUAGCGAUGCCACAGUGAUGAGGUGAAGGGCUUUAACUCAGCAGGGACAUUGUGCGUUCACACACUAUUGUUCAGGUGUUUUAGUACUUAUAUCUGUUUUUACUUUUCUAUUAAAACUGUCUUAAAUAAUGCAUCCAUAGUGCACUAGCCCUAAUGAAUGCAGUAAUCUCCUUUCACUGGAGAUCUAGUGCACUGUUGACACUGAUGAAGUUUCUAUAUGGACUUCAAUUGCCCCCUGAACCACAGGUUUCAUAAACUUUUCAACUAGGAGCUUAGUUGUUUUACUGAGUGAGCAUACAAAUCUGCAGAACGGGGUGGAACGUGCUCUUCUGUAUACAGCUGAUCAUAUACUAGCUUUACAAAAUAGAAACCUUGUGCUUGGAUUUGAAUCUCUGGUUCCUCAGACUUUUACCAGACAUUCUGGUCAUUUGUGAUGGUUCUGGAAAUAAUUGAUUCCUUGGACAGUUUGAAAACCUUUGGUUUCUCAGGUAGAUCCAAAUCUAUGUGGUUCUGGUUAGUGACCAGGUUAACAGAUUGUUGUUUUGCUUUUUUAUUUUUAUUGAUUUAAAGAAAACAAUCUGAAUAACUGAAUCAGCCAUGUGUGAUUUAAAGAAAGGUUUUAGAUCCGUGUGAGUAAAACUGCCUUCAAUUUCUCAGGAAUUACAAAGCAAUGCACUGAAGAGAGUAUGUAAAUGAGAAUGCAAAUGAAUAUGCAAAAAGAGUGGUGGAUAUUGUUGUCCUUUGUUUAUUUUUGUGGAAGAAAGAUAAUAUAAUAUUUGAAAUUCUUAAAUGGAUAAUUAUAGAAAUCUAUAUGAUAUAGAAUUAUAGUUUAUUACACAGAUAUGGGUGUUAAUGGGGCAAUCUAACAUUUCUAACACUGUUAAUAAGCACAGAUAAUUGAAUGCUGUACAUUUUCUGUGGUGUAAAAAUACAUGUUCAAUAAACACAGAAUAUUCUAGUA